AGAGCCUCUCCCUUACUAACUCUUUCAGGCAUCCAGGUACACAGUAAAUGCUUUAUAUGCCUGGAAAAAAUAUCUAGUGUACCUUAAAGCUUUGUCUAGGCUAGAUUAAAGUAAACAAUCUUUUUCUUUCUAAAACGGGAUCAUGACCUGUAAAUUGCUUCAAGCAGCUGUGUGCUCCACCUUACUAAUAGAAGUACUGGGAGCACCAUUUCUGAUGGAGGAUCCAGCAAACCAGUUCCUACGCCUGAAAAGACAAGUUGUACACUUACAAGAUUUCUGGGACCCAGAUCAGCACCCAGCUGGGAGGGGACUCUCGCUGGCUGAUGAGGUUUGGGAAGAAUGGACUUCUUUGAAAGCAAGUGCAGACCGCUAUUUUGACAUGACCACAUUGGCCUUUGAUGUAUCUGCUGCCCAGUAAAUGUAUGAGAAUGGUGAAAAGGAGGAAAAAUAUAUAUAUGGUAGGAGUUACCAUGACAGUGUGCUCAAACCUCAGGCUUGGGGAAACACGGGUAGAUUCAAUGCAGCCUUUGCUACAUUACUUAUUAUGUCUAUCUCAUGGAGGUUUGGAAAGGAGCAAUUGUGAAAACGCUUGCAUGCACCUGGAUGGAACUGGAAGUUCUUCAUAAAUGCCCACUCUUGAGAGAGAAAAUAAAGACUAAAGUAAAAGAAUUUGCUCAAAGGGGCACUUUUCUGAGACAUGGGAUGCAAAAUCAAAGUAACAGUGUCAUUAAAACAUUCUGUUCACUGCUCCAA